AUGCAACUCCGGCACCGUGAACGAGGGGCUGAGAACUCCGUUCUCAAAAGCUUUAUAGAUCCGAUCGAAACCUUCACCGGAGAGAGAGAGUCGCCGAGAAGCAAGAGAACAAGGACCAAGAGAGAUUGUAAAGAUCUCGCCGGAGACCUAUCACCGGCGGAAAAUGUGACGCAAAAGACAUCGGAAGCUCCAAGGGGAGUCCGGGAAAAAGAUGGGUUGCUCCGAUUUCAGGUGAAGAGUCUCAGGCGGAAGAGAGACAUCCUGAAACCGGGCAGAAGCGGUGGUGGGAGGAGCUGA